GUAUCCCUCGAAGUUCUAAGCAGUUUCUCCCACUGAGCUACGGGGUGGACACACCCCAUGGUGGUGGCCGAGUGCAGUUGCUCUACCGGCCUCUCUGAGUCGGGGGAAAAAAUCGCCCUUGUGCCUGCCGGCGCUUAGCUGAGGGACCCUGAGAAGCCUGGCUUAGCUGCCGAUCACCUUCGGUUUUCGAUAGUCCGCUGGGACCACAGAGCGCUCCCCUUGGGAACACAUUUAAAAACCCAGGGCCCCAGAGUAUGACUUUUGGGACAGCCAGGGAGGCAUGGAAAAAGACCCAACUGCUUGCAGGAAACCGCCUCAACCUUGCUUUUUACAAACCCCAUUGAAAGGAGCUGAUGAGUGCACGGGGCGAAGGAGGGGUGGGAGGCCCCGUGAUUAUCCAAAUAAAUAUGUAGCAGCCUUGCCAUUUGCUCUUCUUCUUUUACUUUAUUUCUUUUCCCUUUGGCAUUUGGAGCUGGGGUUCCGGCAGCAGCGUCUGCGCGGGCUCAGAGGCAAGAAUUCUGUUUGAAAUCAGAAACUGGGCUUGUGUGAAGGAAGUGUCACCCACUCCCUCCCCUUUUCCUUUUGAAUACUAUUUUAUGUCUUUCUUCAUUCUGGCUCCCCCUUUACCCCUCCCCACCCCCAACCUGGUGGAUGGGACACCAGGUGGCAUCCCAUCAGUACCGGUGCUUCUCUAGGGGCUCCUGUGGAGCGUCAGGAGGGGUGUGGGACCCCACGUAGGACCAGGCACUUGGUUUGCGAGGCUAUGGGUGCCUUUUGCGGACAGGCCUAGGCACUAUCGAGCAGUUGGCUUCUUAGGGGUCUGGGUACCCUCCCCAGCCAGGUGAUUUUUCACUCUCUUGGAACCUAAAAGUCAGUUCCGGGUGCCAGCGUCCUGAGUGGGAGGGUUGAUAACCUUCCCGUGGCUCCACACACCGAAGGGGUCUCGAGGGGUAGGGCGCGAGAUGAACUCGAACCCCCAGAGAGGCUCUGGAGGUGCGUGAGAGCGGGGCGGGGAGUGCGGGGGAAUGAUGAGAAUGGAGUAGGAGAGAAGGAAAAAAAAAAAGUCUGGGCAAUUUCAACAACUUUGGUGGCGGCGGGCUAACCAGCGCUGGAGCAGGGAUUUCGGGUUUCCGAGCGGGCUUGGAGUUGUCUGGUUUGGUUGAGGCUCUGCAGGGACACGCAAGAGGCGAGGUGCCGCUUGUUCCGACAACCGGGCGGGCAGACUGGCAGUGGCGACGCGCGGGAGAGCUAGCCCUGUCAUCUAGGGGGUGUCGGCGGGAGUGGCCCAGCCAGUCGGACGGGUUUGUGUCGGGAGCCCGGAGCCCUUGCCAGAGGCGCCUAGGCUGGGCCGCUUCGCGUCUGUGCGCUCCCGGGGCCGCGUCCGGGCUCCCGCUCCCGGAACCCGGUCCAGGGACCAACCGAGAUCAGAACAGCCGCAGCCGAGGAGCGCACGGCCCCGAGGUCCUAGGGAAAGGCAGCUCGUCGUGGCCAGGCGGAGGACAAGGGUUGGCGAAGCGGGCGGGCCGGUUCCAGGCGGGACGCCUGGUCAUGGAGGAACAGCGCGGCAGCGGGCAGCCGAGUCCCGAGUCCCAGGCCCCGCUGCGCAGCAGAGAAUCCCGCGGCCGGAGAGCGGCGGGAAGCACCUCCCAGGCGCAGAACCCGGUGGGCAGCCGCGCGCGGGUCCCCGGAGCUCCAGCCCGCGGCGCGCGACCCCCGCUCCAUCCCGAGGACCGUCACGACGGCACCAGCAACGGGACGGCACGGUUGCCCCAACUGGGCACUGUAGGUCAAUCUCCCUACACCAGUGCCCCGCCGCUGUCCCACACCCCCAAUGCCGACUUCCAGCCUCCCUACUUCCCCCCGCCCUACCAGCCUAUCUACCCUCAGUCGCAAGAUCCUUACUCCCACGUCAACGACCCCUACAGCCUGAACCCCUUGCACGCCCAGCCGCAGCCGCAGCACCCGGGCUGGCCCGGCCAGAGGCAGAGCCAGGAGUCUGGGCUUUUGCACACGCACCGGGGGUUACCCCACCAGCUGUCCGGCCUGGACCCUCGCAGGGACUACCGGCGGCACGAGGACCUCCUGCACGGCCCACACGGGCUCGGCUCCGGGCUCGGGGACCUCCCGAUCCACUCCUUACCUCACGCCAUCGAGGACGUCCCGCAUGUAGAAGACCCGGGUAUUAACAUCCCAGAUCAAACUGUAAUUAAGAAAGGCCCUGUGUCCCUGUCCAAGUCCAACAGCAACGCCGUCUCCGCCAUCCCUAUCAACAAGGACAACCUCUUCGGUGGCGUGGUGAACCCCAACGAAGUCUUCUGUUCAGUUCCGGGUCGCCUGUCGCUCCUCAGCUCCACCUCGAAGUACAAGGUCACGGUGGCGGAAGUACAGCGGCGCCUCUCACCGCCCGAGUGUCUCAACGCGUCGCUGCUGGGCGGAGUCCUGCGGAGAGCGAAGUCUAAGAAUGGAGGAAGAUCUUUAAGAGAAAAACUGGACAAAAUAGGAUUAAAUCUGCCAGCAGGGAGACGCAAAGCUGCCAACGUCACCCUGCUUACAUCACUAGUGGAAGGAGAAGCCGUCCACCUAGCCAGGGACUUUGGGUACGUGUGCGAAACUGAAUUUCCUGCCAAAGCAGUAGCGGAAUUUCUCAACCGACAACAUUCCGAUCCCAAUGAGCAAGUGACAAGAAAAAACAUGCUCCUGGCUACAAAACAGAUCUGCAAAGAGUUCACUGACCUGCUGGCUCAGGACCGAUCUCCCCUGGGGAACUCGCGGCCCAACCCCAUCCUGGAGCCUGGCAUCCAGAGCUGUUUGACCCACUUCAACCUCAUCUCCCAUGGCUUCGGCAGCCCGGCGGUGUGCGCCGCGGUCACCGCCCUGCAGAACUAUCUCACCGAGGCCCUCAAGGCCAUGGACAAAAUGUACCUCAGCAACAACCCCAACAGCCACACGGACAACAGCGCCAAAAGCAGUGACAAAGAAGAGAAACACAGAAAGUGAGGCUCCGCGCCCGCCCCGCGCCCGCCCCGCGCCCGCCCUGCCGCCCGGCUCACCGGCCCUCGCCCCCCCACUCGCCCCUCCCCCGCCCGGCAGGUGACAGCUCCGGGACCAGCCACUCCUACUGCUGCUGCUACGCCGCGCCGCCGCCGCCGCCGCCGCGCCGCCCCUCGGCCCCGGAGUCCUCCGGACUGCUCUCCUCUCUCUCGACUGCCAGGGAGGCAGGCUGCCGCUGCCUGCUCAGCGCCCUGCCUCAACUUCCCCAUCAGCACCAACACCCCCUUCUUGACCCUCAUCUGGAGCCUAAGAGAACAGAACAGGUCGUGAAGCCAGCAAAGAGAAGAAGUUCUGUCGCGUUUGUGAACCUCUUUUUUUUUUUUUUUAAAUCAAAUCAACAACAAACAUUAAAACUUUUUUUUUCUAAAAAAAAAAAAAAAGAGAACGUUAAAAAAAUUUAAAAAGUAUACGAGCUUCAUGGGACUAACUCAUCGCCUUCCCUUGCAUACUUCAGAUUGUAGCCAUACUUAAAAAAAAGGCAAAGAGGAUAAUGACAUUUUUAUCAGUAUUGUGAAUAAACUUGAACACAAAUACAGAAGUUCUAUGUCCUGUCUUCAGUUGUAGGAGUUGUCUCUGCAAGGUGCCCACUUGAACUUCCUCUGAUGACACAAUCCACUUCUAUAAGGGAAUCAGUGUUCACGUCUCUGUAUAUAUUUAUUUAUGUGUAAUUUAAUGGGAUUUGUAAAUAUGGUGAGUCUGUUUUAAACCUUUUUUUUUUUUAUUUAUCUGGUGAUCUCGUUUACCUCCUGUUUAGUGGGUUUUGGGUCCUCCCUAUUAGUUCCUCAUGUGGUUUUACUUACUUAGAAAUCCAGGGUUUGGGUGAUCCCCCCCCCCUUCUGGAAUUCAUGAAUUUAGCCCCUUGGUAGCAUGUUAAUGAUGACAUUGAAACAGCUGAACAAAACUUUUUUAAAGUAAAAUAAAAUUUUAUAUAUAAUUAGUAUUACAUUUAGCUUUUCAUUGAACUCAAAGGAGAACCGAGUGACAUUGGGACACUGGAAAGAUUUUUUUUUUUAAUGGAGCGGUUUGAUAACCCUCCCGUGGUAUCAUGGGGAGAAAAAUAAAGUUUAUUUGAGUUCACUGUCCUCCCUAAAAGCGUCCUCUGAGCAAUAAACGAAUAUUGUCUUUAAACCAAGGGUUAGGGGUUUCUCUGUGCUCUCUCUCCCUCCCUCUCUCUUUUUGUUCACCUCCAAGCAUUUGGGACCACCUGGUAUUCUCUGUCUUCACUGGCCACAUUGGAAGCACUUCUAGAUGUACUGUGUUGGGCCGCACUGGCAGUAGUUUCCAUGCCUGUCAAUGUAUCAUAGUCCUUUGUUGCCCAGAUAAAUAAAUAUUUGAUACGCUU